UUGAUGGCAUGACAAAUCAGAAAGAAGAGGAUGUACUGUAUGACUAGACACAAGAUCAGUUCUGUUUGUGGAUUACAUUUUCAGUAAGAUGUAUGGAUCUAUUUUUUCCUUGUUCUUAAAUAUAGAUCAUGAGACUUGACUGAGGCAAUAUACAUAUCAUCCAUCCAUCUAUGGCGAACUACAGCCAUGCAGCUGACAACAUUUUACAAAAUCUCUCUCCUUUAACAGCUUUUCUGAAACUGACUUCACUGGGUUUCAUAAUAGGAGUCAGUGUGGUGGGUAACCUUCUGAUCUCCAUUUUGCUAGUCAAAGAUAAGACCUUGCAUAGAGCUCCUUACUACUUCCUGUUGGAUCUUUGCUGCUCAGAUAUACUCAGAUCUGCAAUUUGUUUCCCAUUUGUUUUCACCUCUGUAAAAAAUGGCUCUACUUGGACGUACGGGACUCUUACUUGCAAAGUGAUUGCCUUUUUGGGGGUUUUGUCCUGCUUUCACACUGCUUUCAUGUUAUUCUGCAUAAGCGUCACCAGAUACUUAGCUAUUGCCCACCACCGUUUUUAUACAAAAAGACUGACCUUCUGGACCUGUUUGGCUGUUAUCUGUAUGGUGUGGACCCUCUCUGUAGCCAUGGCUUUCCCCCCAGUUUUAGAUGUGGGCACCUACUCGUUCAUUAGGGAGGAAGACCAAUGCACUUUCCAGCAUCGUUCCUUCAGGGCUAAUGAUUCCUUGGGAUUUAUGCUUCUUCUUGCCCUUAUCCUCCUAGCCACACAGCUUGUCUACCUCAAGCUGAUAUUUUUUGUUCACGAUCGCAGGAAAAUGAAGCCAGUCCAAUUUGUUGCAGCAGUGAGCCAGAACUGGACUUUUCAUGGUCCUGGAGCGAGUGGUCAAGCAGCUGCUAAUUGGCUGGCUGGAUUUGGAAGGGGUCCCACACCUCCAACCUUGCUGGGAAUCAGGCAAAAUGCGAACACCACAGGCAGGAGAAGGCUACUGGUUUUAGAUGAGUUCAAAAUGGAGAAGAGAAUCAGCAGAAUGUUCUACAUCAUGACAUUCCUCUUUCUGACCUUGUGGGGUCCCUAUUUGGUAGCCUGUUACUGGAGAGUUUUUGCAAGAGGGCCUGUAGUACCAGGGGGAUUUCUAACGGCCGCUGUCUGGAUGAGUUUUGCCCAAGCUGGAAUCAAUCCUUUUGUCUGCAUUUUCUCCAACAGGGAGCUGAGGCGCUGUUUCAGCACAACCCUUCUUUACUGCAGAAAAUCCAGGUUACCAAGGGAACCUUACUGUGUUAUAUGAGGGAGCAUCUGUAAAUCUUUAGCCUUGUGAAACACUACCAUUCUCUGCUAAGCAAUUGUGGCCUGUAGCCAUGUCUUGAGGAGAAAAUCAAGAAUGGGAUGUCAGCAGUUGUAAGGAUUUGGGCAACAUUCUGCAGUCUUUGCAAUAGCUCACCUCUAAUCCUAUUUUAAACCUAAACAUGUUCCUGCUGACCACUGCUGAAGGUUUGUAAUUAAGAACAAAGGACUGAACUACUGCCCUGAAUUCCUUUAUGUGGUUAAAAUCUAGAUUAUGAAAGUAGCAGGUGCUAAGUAUCAGUGCUAAAUGCUAUGUAUAUCACUACAUAAAAUAAGACCAUCAAAAAGAUUAGCAUUGGACAUCUUAAUAAAUUAAGUUGAUAUGAGGUUAAUGUGUUGAUAAAACUAAUUUUAGACAUUUGAAGACCUUUAAAACAUUUCAUACAAUUAUUGUUUUGCAAAGACUGAAAACUGGGGACUCAAGUACUGUAACUGAUUAAAGAUGUGCCAUGCAUUAUUGGAUUAUCAUACUUACAAAUCUGUUUGCCUUGUGAGUAAGUUUUGGGGAGCAUUCCAAAGCAGUAUUUUUGGUCAGAUUUAGACUUUUUUUUUUCUUUUUUUCUUUUUUUUUUCCCCCAAAAUAUAUUACUCUUUCUAAAUACCAUUUUCCCUAACAGUGAAAUUACUAACAUUUAACUGUAUUCUGUGUUUUUUGCUGAUUUGGUAUAAAGUUUAGUAGACUCUUAUAUUUUUUAAAAAGCUAGAUAUCAGUCUGUUAGGCAACGUUAAUGAUAAUAUCCAGUCAUAAUUGAACAGUUAUACAGAAUAAACACAUGUUGCCUUAAAGGGUUAUCUAGUAUCUUCCAUUUUGUUUAGCAUUGAAGCAAAUAAGCAAGGAAAACUGAAUCAAUAACUCUGGUCAGUCGUUUGGGAGUGCAUGAAAGAUCACUUAGUCCUCUUUUUUCCUUUAUACUCCAGUGGUUCCCAAAAUCAGUAUGCACAUCACUGGGAUUAUAUGAUUUUUUUCUAGGUGUGCCGCCCUUUCUAGUUUGUUCUGAGAAACACAGGCAGUUGAUGUAUGUUUAUAUUUUAAGACAGCUGUCAUGGGGAGACCGCAGCCUUAGUAUGAUAUCUUGCACAAUUUGUGAAGCAUUUAUUCUACUGAAGGCACAGUCUUGUUUAUAUUUUCUGCACAUUUUGGUGUAUUGGUUGUUUUAAAUUAUUUAAGUUUUAACUUGUGAAAGCAUAUAAUAUGAUUUCUUAGUAUUUUAGAAAAACAUUAGAGUCUGUGAGUCUUUCCUUCUUUAAGAUACAGAUGUGUGGAUUUCAAUAUAAAGUUGCAUUUGC